AGCGUGAGGCAGCGCCAUGUUUCAAGGGCAGCGGGGUUGGUUCUGUGGCAGCGUCAGCCACGACCUGAGGCAGUUUUGGGUGGCUGAAGGGGGGACUAUCAGUGACCCGAGGGCCGCCGACUUCUUGUUCAGCUGCGAUGCCUCACACCCAGACACGCUGAGAAUAUAUCAGAGUCUUGAUUACAUAGAAGAUAAUGCUACAGUUUUUCACGCCUACUAUCUCUCUUCUGUAGCCAAUGCUGAAAUAAAAAACUCGGUGGCUUUAGGUCAUUUCAUUCUUCCUCCUGCAAGUCUGCAAAAAGAAAUAAGGAGAAAAAUUGGUAGUUUUAUUUGGGAACAAGACCAACAUUUUCUGAUAGAAAAGCAUGAUGAAGUAACAUCAAAUGAACUAAAGGUCUUUAGGGAAAGCAGUGUACUAGCAACAGAUCACAAGAAAGACUUAUCCAAAAGCACAGAAAAGCAUUUUAUAAGGACUCCAGUUGUAGAAAAGCAGAUGUACUUUCCUCUUCAGCACUAUCCAGUGAACAACAUGGUAACAGGUUAUAUAUCAAUUGAUGCCAUGAAGAAAUUUCUUGGGGAGCUACAUGACUUCAUUCCUGGAUGUUCAGGUUAUUUGGCAUACCAUGUUCAAAAUGAAAUUAACAUGUCUGCUAUAAAAAACAGAUUAAAGAAUAAGUAUUAAGUUAAAUAUUGUUCUUCUAUCUGGGCAUUUAUUUUCUGUAAGCUAUUACCAAAGAUGUGCAUAUUUUAAAAUUCUUCUCUUUGGGACAGGAGGUUGGGGGAAUGGGGAAGAAUUCUUUCUUCCUCAAAAUAUACCUUUAGGAAAUUCAGAAUCAUUUUGGCUCUCUGUUUUGACCUUUGGGAUGGCCUUUCCCCCCAGCUUGUAAGGUUAUGUCCACAAAUUCUGAGUGCACAAUUGUUAUGGAAUAAUUGUCAAUGAAACAUACUUCAUGAA